AUGAGUUCACCUGAUAAACUUGAUGGCAUCUACAUUCUAAAGCAUCUCCUGCCUAUCAGAGAUGAGAAUGAAAGCCUUAUUGGAACAAUCAGGCCUGUCUUUCAGAAUGUGCUCUGCAAAUUCAUUGACUUCCAAUUCCAAGAUUCAAAUUCAAGCCUCAGACCCAGGUUGGGCAAUGCUACUGCCAAUAAUACUUGCAUUGUUGAUGAUUCCUUCAAGUAUAAUCUGAAUGGUGCUGUCUACAGUGUUGUAUUCAUCUUGGGUCUGAUGCUUUUAACAAUGUCUCUGUUUGUCUUCUGUUUCGCAUGAAAAUGAAGUGAGACUGCUAUUUUUAUCACCAAUCUAGCCCUCUCUGAUUUGCUUUUUGUCUGUACCCUACCUUUUAAAUAUUUUUACAACUAGCCGCCCUGGCCUUUUGGUGACACCCUCUGCAAGAUCUCUGGAACUGCAUUCCUUACCAACAUCUAUGGCAGCAUGCUUUUUCUCACCUGUAUUAGUGUGGAUCGUUUCCUGGCCAUUGUCUAUCCUUCCGAUCUCAUUACUAUUAGGACUAGGAGGAAUUCUGCCAAAUGUGCUGGUGUCUGGAUCCUAGUCCUCAGUGGCGGUAUUUCAGCCUCUUUGUUUUCCACCACUAAUGUCAACAAUGCAACCACCUGCUUUGAAGGCUUCUCCAAACGUGUCUGGAAGACUUAUUUAUCGACCACAAUAUUUAUUGAAGUUGUUGGGUUUAUCAUUCCUCUGAUAUUGAAUGUCUCUUGCUCUUCUGUGGUGCUGAGAACUCUUCGCAAGCCUGCUACUCUAUCUCAAAUUGGUACCAAUAAGAAAAAAGUUCUGAAAAUGAUCACAGUACAUAUGGCAGUAUUCGUGGUAUGCUUUGUACCCUACAACUCUGUCCUCUUCCUGCUUGUCGUGGUGCGCUCCCAAGCUAUUACUAAUUGCUUUUUGGAAAGAUUACAGAUCAUGUACCGUACCUUGUGCCUUGCAACUCUGAACUGUUGUUUUGACCCUUUCAUCUAUUACUUCACGCUUGAGUCCUUUCAGAAGUCCUUCGUCAAUACCCACAUCAGAAUGGAGUCCCUGUGAACUGAAACACCUUUGACCACAAAGCCUUCCUUCAGCUAUUCAAGAGUAAGUGAUCAAACAACAAAUAAUGGUGGUGAAUUAAUGCUAGAAUCCACCUUUUAG